CCAGUUAUCGUCGCCGGAGCUGUUCACACGCACUUUCCUGUCCCCGAAUCAUGAGACUUUAUAAGGUGGACUUCAUUAGUUCCACAAUGGGGAAAUUCAACAUCGGGUCAAGAUGAGACUUUUGGUUCUUCUGUUCCUCCUGGAGAUCUACGCUGCUGCUGCAGUGUUUCAUUCACUCAGGUAUUUUUACACUGGAUCAUCUGGAGUUCCAAACCUCCCUGAGUUCAUGGCUGUUGGUUUGGUGGACGACGUUCAGAUCCUUCACUACGACAGCAACAGCAGGAGAGUUGAACUCAAACAGGACUGGAUGAAGCAAGUCAUCGCUGAUGAUCCAAGUUAUUUAGAGAGAGAGACAGGGAACUUCAAUGGUGCACAGCAGGAGUUUAAGAACACUAUUGGUGUUGUGAAACAACGAUUCAACCAAACUGGAGGGGUUCACACGUAUCAGAGGAUGUAUGGCUGUGAGUGGGACGAUGAGACCAGAGAGGUCAGAGGUUAUUAUCAGGAUGCUUAUGAUGGAGAAGACCUCAUCGCGUUUGACCUGAAGACUCUGACAUGGACCGCUGCAAGUCCACAGGCUGUCAUCACCAAACACAAGUGGGACAGUUAUGAGGGUAGAAACAAAUAUUGGCAGAACUACCUGACGCAGUACUGUCCUGAGUGGCUGAAGAAGUAUCUGAACUACGGCAAGAGCCGCCUGCUGAGAACAGAGCUUCCAAGAGUGGCUCUCCUCCAGAAGAAGCCCACCUCUCCAAUCGUCUGCCACGCCACAGGUUUCUUCCCCGCAGGAGCCAUGUUGUUCUGGACCAAAGACGGAGAGGAGCUUUACGAAGACGUGGACGUGGAAGAGGUUCUUCCCAACCCUGACGGAACCUUCCAGAUGAGGGCCGAGCUCAGACUGUCGGACCCGUCCGUGGACUGGGGAAACUACAGCUGUGUGUUCCAGCUGGCUGGUGUGAUGGAGGACGUGGUGACCCCGUUGAGGAAAGAAGACAUCUGGACCAACAGAGAGCCCGACCUGAACCUGGGGCUCAUCGUCGGAGCUGUGGUGGCAGCUGUGGUCGUACUUGGUCUGAUGGUUGCUGAGUUCUUCGUCUACAGAAGAAGAAGAACUGCCAAAGCUCCUCCAUCUUCCAACAACAUCUUUAUGGGGGAGCUGCUCCCAGCGGCAGACAUCCGCAGAUACUGGCACGAGACUGAUGAAUCAUGGAACGAUGUCAUUCUCAAUACAACACGUCCUCAGCAUUAUACUCACCGACUGCAAUAUUGUACGUGUGAAAAACAUCGACAUCAGCUGUAGGUCCAAGAUGUUGUCCAUCAGAUUAGACUCAGGAUUCUGGGGGGAGUUCAGAAUCACAGAGAGAAGAUAGCUAUCAGUAAAAGUUUGGCUGUAAAAGUAGAGAGUUGUUCAAAACUGCUGAAAAUGCCAUCAAUGAAAGACCAUUGAAUUCCUGUGGUCCCUUUCUGUGCCCUUCAUGAAAGGCCCCAUCAAUGACAGAGGGUCUAAAGUGAGGAUUUCAAUAACUGUUCCAGAUGGCACCAGAUGUUCCCUGUGUGGCUCACAGUCAGAUAUGUUAUUUGAAGGGAGCGGAAAAGCCAAAGACAUUAAGGCUGGUGGAGGUGUGUUUUUCACAGUGUUCUGCUCCAGUUGAACCCACAUGGGACGUUCAGUUAUUGAAGUAUGACCAGUGUGUGAUACACCGUAAAGUAGCAGCCCAAUAGCAAGAGCAGAAGUGGGGUAAACCCAUGGCCCCCAUUAGUUUCGACUUUAGAAGGUGGAGUGUAGCAAGUCUGGGUGCUUCACCCCUCCGUAUGUUGGAUGAAACAACAGAGUCUAACACGUCAACAAAUGUUUGGAUUUAAACACUGUCAUGGCUUGAAAAAGAUCGAUACAUUUUGGAAGAAUGUGAAUUUUUAUUGAAUCACUUUUCCCUGUUAAGGUUGAAUAUAUCAAGGUUUAAAGAGUUUGAGCAUAUUGUGUUUCCUGGUGACUGUAAUGCCGAGAUGAGGAACUGAUUUUUGAAUAUUUUGAAGUCAAAACUGUCUUUGAUCACCAGUAGUUGGGAUUAGUUCUCUUGUGCAAAUGAAGCUUAGAACCUGGGGGUAUUUUUAUAGUUUUAAUGUUCAGAUGGAUUGUAUAUUAUCUAUUGUCUUCUCCCUGUCUGCUGCUUAACCAAUAUUGUAUUUCCCCAUGUUGGGAUGAAUAAAGUCUAUG